AUGUAUCCGCAAUUCCGCCGGAACGGCUUCGGCCACAGCAAUCGCAGAAAGUUGUCAGCUGCACUGAUGUUUGUCGAAGAAGGAGCGCGUCGAGUUCCAGUAUAUUCGAGAGACUUGCAGGAAUCCUCGGAGAAGCUUCUUGUACGACGAAACCGGAAAGAAUCGGCGAACAGGAUGAGCAGAGCGAAAAGCGAAGAAGCAGGCGAAAUCGGCAAGACCGGCUUGAAGGAGACAACCGAUUGA